AUGAGUCGUCUCCUCGACCGCUUCGUCUCUUAUCGCAUCAUGAACAAACUCCACAAGUCACUCACAGACUGGCAGGUGUGCAGCCCCUCGUACCUGGAGGUUCCCAGUGACUCGGAGCCGUCGUUCGUCCUCCGCUUGGUGGAAGAGCUCAGCCUCAGCUUCCCUCUCAUUUGUAAAACCAGAGUGGCUCACGGUUCCCUGUCGCAUGAAAUGGCCCUGAUCUUCAGUGAGGCGGGUCUGGACGACGUGCAUCCUCCGUGUGUUCUGCAGAGCUUCGUGAACCAUGGAGCUGUUCUGCACAAAGUCUUUGUGGUCGGAGACAAACACUUCUGUGUCGAAAGACCCUCCCUCAAGAACUUCCUUCCUGGACCCUGUGACAGAAAAACCAUAUUCUUCAACAGUCAACAAGUGUCUAAACCAGAGUCCAGCUCAGACCUGAACGCUUUGGAUGAGCAGAUGCCGCUGCUGCCCAUGCCCAGCUCCGAGGCCCUGGCUGCCCUGGUCCAGGAGCUGCGGUCUCAACUGGACAUGGCUCUGUUUGGAGUGGACAUCAUCGUAAACAUCCACACUCACACCAUGACCGUCAUCGACCUCAAUGUGUUCCCAGGCUAUGAAGGCGUGCCCCAGUUCUUCUCGUCUUUACUGGACCACAUCAAGACGCUGCUAGACUCUGGUUCUUCAAUGACGUCCAGUGUUUAA